GUACGAAUAUUAGUGACAAUCGCCAACCUAACGUAUCGACAAAAUUUGUCUUAAAAUUUGUGCAACGCCCCUGUCGGGCGUAAAGUACAGCAAAAAUCUCAUACUAAUUUUGACGUUUCUGACGAUGAUAACGUAAAGGGCGAUUGUCACAAAUAAUCGUGCUAGGCCCACAGUGCUCUUACGAAUUACGAAUCAGCUGGUUUUUGUCAUUUGUCAAAUGCAAAUGUCACAUCGACUUUUGUACAAUAUUUACAAAUUACUUUUAUAAGUGCUUUAUAACUUUAUUCGUGAAUAUUAAAACACAAUGUCUGAAGAAUGGAAAAGCUACGUCAAUGAUACAAGAACAAUAUGCAAGUACGGUGCCAAAUGCUAUCAGAAAAACCCAGAGCACCAUAAAACUUUUAAACACCCGCCAAAAAAUGUUACAGAGAAAUUUAAAAAUAACAGAGGUGGAAAAGCACGAAUGCAUCCAUACGCGAAAAAUAAAAAUCCUAUAGUAAAGGACACGGAAGUAUUACGGGUUGAACCUAGCUCUAGUGAUGAUAAAAACCCUAAGGAAGAUAUUUCAGUGACUGUGACUAAUAAUGAAAAAAUAGAUACACAUAAAGAAAGUUCACCUUUAGUGAAAUCAAAUGAAACUUCACAGCUUUAUGAUAAAUCUGAAGAUAAUAAGUUGUACAAAGAAUUAUUCCUUGUUGAGAUGCCCUCAGACUUCUUCCAGUUUUACAAAUGUUUAAGUGAUGAACAAUCAGUAGACAAGACAUUGGCUAGUGUGAACUUGCAAUUGAUUGGUCCAUAUGAUUUAUUACUAGGUAAACUUCCCAUGUUAGAUGAUAAAGAAUUGUAUUUAGUUCAUUGGCGAUUUUUCUAUGAUCCUCCAGAGUUUCAGGCAGUUUUAAAGAAAAAAGGAAAGAGUGAAUUUCAUAUAGGUUAUUACAGAGAUGAUCCUGAUAGUAAGCCAGAAUUUGUAGCAAGCAAUGAUAGUGCAAAAGAUUGCCUUAUACAACCUCUAGCUGACAAUAUAUUUGGAGCUGUUUACAACUAUUUGCAAAAUGAAAAAAAUGCAUCCCCAUUCCUAUCUAUGCCAUGUCAAAAAUUAAUGGAGAAGGUAAAGAAAUGGGCGAGUGACAAUAACUUUUCACUAGAUGAAUAUGAUAGGAAAAAGAGAUCACCAGUAACAAAGACAUUACAUGGUGCAGGAAUUGUUGUGCCUUUCAAUAAGAAAACUGAAUUGGGAUACAGACCACUUGUUGAAAGCAAUGCGAAUCUAAAGAAAAUGUUUGCGAAAUUAGAAUCAUCAACGUCACAAAAAGAAAAAGACGAAGUGCUGUCACAACUACAGCCAGUAAUAACAUAUGCAAGUAUUGCCGUAGAUGAAUGUGAUUUCGGUACUGGAUUAGAGAUUGGAAUAGAUUUGUUCUGCUCUGGAUUGAAAGAAUUAGAAUCUAAUGCAGCAUCUAGUUUAUGUACUGCAUAUUCUUUGUUGAAAAGAGAUGCAUUUGCUAACAUUAUUAAGGUGCACUUAAAACAUCGUAGGAAAGGUCCGAAUAUGUCAAUUUUUUAAGAAAAUUAAUCAUAAGUGUAUAAAUCUUACUUUUUUACUAUUUGA